CUGAAAGUAUUCAAAUGUUUCCUCUCWCGGGAGUUUGCAGCAAAGUUUUUAAGUUUUCCAACAAAUAUUUGGCAACUUCAAGUACACAGCUUAGAGUUGCACUUCUAACUGGUAUCGGGAAAGAACAGACAAGCCCAAGUAGACUUAAACCACAUUUCACAGCGUCCAUUUCACAAACUAGAAGACAUUCACAAGAGGUCAUCACAUCCCAAGUCGACAUGAAAGUGAGGCUACUUCCCGCGCUGUCAGAUAACUACAUGUACCUUUUAAUUGACGAAAAGACAAAGGAAGCUGCUAUAGUGGAUCCUGUUGAACCUGAAAAGGUUGUAUCUGCUGUAAAAGAAGAAGACGUCAAACUGACRACAGUAUUGACUACACAUCAUCAUUGGGACCAUGCUGGAGGAAAUAAAGAUCUAGUAAAACUCAUUCAAGGAUUAAUUGUUUGUGGUGGUGAUGACAGAAUUGGUGCUUUGAAUAAAAAGGUUUCACAURAUGAUCAAUUCAAGGUUGGAAGUCUUCAUGUKAGAUGUUUAUUUACUCCUUGUCAUACCAGUGGACACAUUUGUUAUUUAGUCARGGGGGACGAUGACCAGCCUAAUGCUGUAUUUACAGGUGACACAUUGUUCAGUGGAGGGUGYGGUCGUUUCUUUGAAGGGACUCCACCAGAAAUGUACAGAGCACUUGUUGAAGUCCUAGGAAGCCUACCUUCUAAUACAAAAGUUUACUGUGGACAYGAAUACACUAUUCAAAACCUGCGGUUUGCUCAACAUGUAGAACCUGAUAACCCUCAUGUCAAAGAAAGAAUGUCCAGUGCUCAGAAAGCAAGACAAGACAAUAAGCCGACUAUUCCAUCAACAAUCGGUGAAGAAUUCCAGUUCAACCCCUUUAUGCGUGUGAGAGAAGAAAGUGUCAAAAAACACACUGGCAAAUCAGACCCUGUAGAWGUUAUGGGUGCACUCCGAAGAGAAAAGGAUAAUUUCAAAGCCAGUAUUUGAUAGUUUAGCAAUAGUGAGUAGUUACUAGUACAUAGUAAGAGUCUGAUAAUCUAUACAGAACAUAAAAAAAAUGUUUUUGUUGUUGUACUCAAAGACAUGUGGUAAGUUACAUACAAUACUAGUAGUAUUCCAAUAUUAUCCAAUAUUCAAAAAUAAGUGGUAAUCCUACACCCCCCUGGUUACUGUACUCAAGUUGGAAAGGUGCAACAAUAUAAGUUCUUUGAAAAUUUUUCAUAAAAAAUUGAAUUUGAACUACAAAACAAUUGGUUGUUAGAAAGCGCAAAAAAAAAAUAUUGAGAGGAUCUAAAACCCUUUUAAAGUCAAGAUUGUAUCACAAAUGUGACCAACUUGAAUUUGAAGUCAACAGAACUAUGAUUAUUUUGCAUGGUCAAACUAGACUUCAGUAAAUCCACAAUUAUAUAAAGUCAAUAUAAUACUUACAGAAAGUGAAAA